GAAUAGACUCGCCCAUGAAUCCUCUUGAGGCUGUCGGUCACCAUGGUGGUGGCACACAACAGCGAGUCCAGACAGUGCACCAUCCGUCGCGUUUAGGAGCAAACGCACCGGUUAUAAAUGCCGCCUUUGACACUCCGUUGGUUUGCAAAUGGAUUAAAAUGGACAAUCGCCCGACGCGUGGAUCGCAUAUUCCUUUAAACUGGGAAUCUGAAGAUGGAAUAGCGAACAGCGGACACACGGAAUGCUGAAAAAUGCACUCGUCUGCAUAAAAUUUAAAGCAACGGCGUCUCUCGUAAAACAUUUUGUCGACACAAAAAUCGCCUGUCAACUCAAAGCGACGCUUCAGCGGCUGGGACUGCAUCAGCAGACUCCCUGCUCUUGUAGGAUUUGGACUAAGGACAACAAGAAAGCUCCGGGCUUGGGCUGUGGCCUGGGGACUGGAUCUUCAUUCUGAGGCUGCUCUUAUAAUCAAUUAUAGCGUUUAAAACCACUUCUGAGGUUCGGGCUGGAUUACUACACUCCAUUUAGUGUUUUCAAAACCAUGGCGUCCUAUGUGGAUAACAGUUUUCGGCAAGCGGUGAUGGUGAACCCGUCUGAGAGGACGCAACAGGACUUGGAGAUCGUAUAUUCCUACUUGCAUGGCAUGGAGGCGCUGUCCAAUCUUCGGGAACAUCAGCUGAGGAUAAUGUGCGAAACAGUCCGCUACGAAAGACACGAGGCCAACGAAGUGCUCUAUUAUCCGGAUGACAUUGGCACAUGCUGGUACAUUCUUCUCUCUGGAUCAGUUUUCAUCAAAGAGUCCAUGUUCCUGCCGCGGUCGAGUUUCGGGAAGAGAUCGGCUGGGAGCUUGCGUCGUGGAUGCGAGUGCAUCGUUCUGGAGCCGUCAGAGAUGAUUGUGGUGGACUAUAUGGAUGAGAAUGAGGAGUUUUUUCAGCGACAGGCAUCACACCGGCAGUCUCGCCGCAGGUUUCGCAAGAUCAACCAGAAGGGCGAACGGCAGACCAUCAUCGACACGGUCGACCCCUACCCAGUCGGCAAGCCGCCCAUAGGGCGGGGAUACCACACGGAAUGCGUUAAAGCACAGCUUCCGGCAGACUUCAGCAGAUUACACCUGGCAGACGGGAUUCACCCCCAGGUGACGCACGUUUCCUCCAGUCACUCAGGAUGUAGCAUCACCAGUGACUCUGGGAGCAGCAGCCUGUCGGACAUCUACCAGGCCACCGAGAGUGAGCCCGGCGACAUGGACCUCAGUGGCCUGCCCGAGACAGCCGUCGACUCCGAGGAGGAUGACGAUGAGGAAGAUAUCGAACGUGCCUCAGAUCCCCUCAUGAGUCGAGACAUUGUCCGAGACUGUCUGGAGAAAGACCCCAUGGACAGAACGGACGAUGAUAUUGAGCAACUGUUGGAGUUCAUGCACCAGCUACCAGCCUUUGCCAACAUGACCAUGUCAGUCAGACGGGAGCUCUGUGCUGUCAUGGUGUUUGCUGUAGUGGAACGGGCCGGCACCAUCGUACUUAAUGAUGGUGAAGAGCUGGACUCAUGGUCCGUGAUUCUCAAUGGCUCUGUGGAGGUGACACACCCAGAUGGCCGGACAGAAAUCCUGUGCAUGGGCAACAGCUUCGGUGUAUCCCCUACCAUGGAGAAAGAGUACAUGAAGGGUGUGAUGAAGACCAAGGUGGAUGACUGCCAGUUUGUGUGCAUAGCACAGCAGGAUUACUGCUGCAUUUUAAACCAAGUAGAGAAAAACAUGCAGAAGGUGGAAGAGGAGGGUGAGAUUGUGAUGGUGAAGGAGCACCGUGAACUGGAUCGCACGGGUACCAGAAAGGGACACAUUGUUAUCAAGGGCACAUCGGAGAGACUCACAAUGCACCUAGUAGAAGAGCACUCGGUGGUGGACCCCACCUACAUCGAGGACUUCCUUCUUACCUACCGCACCUUCCUGCCAGGCCCCAUGGUGGUGGGCAAGAAACUGCUGGAAUGGUUUCAUGACCCCAGCCUCAGGGACAAGGUUACACGGGUAGUCUUGCUGUGGGUGAACAAUCACUUCAACGACUUUGAGGGUGACCCCUCAAUGACACAUUUUCUAGAGGAGUUCGAGUACAAUCUGGAGAGAGAGAAAAUGUGUGGGCACCUGAGACUGUUAAACAUAGCAUGCGCUGCCAAAGCAAAGUUGCGGGUGGUGACCCUGACCAAACCCUCUAGGGAAGCCCCGCUGGCCUUCACCCUGCUGGGGGGUUCAGAGAAGGGCUUUCGUAUCUUCAUCGACAGCGUGGAGCCGGGCAGCAAAGCUGCAGAGGCUGGCCUUAAGCGAGGAGACCAGAUAUUGGAGGUAAACGGGCAAAAUUUUGAGAAUGUGCCGCUAUCCAAAGUCAACGAGAUCCUUAAAAACAACACGCAUCUGUCUAUUACUGUGAAAACAAAUCUUUUAGUGUUCAAGGAACUGCUGGCCAGACCUGACCAGGACCAAGAUCAGGACCAGGAUGAUGAACCAGAUAGAAAAAACGGGGCCCCUCACAUCCCCAAAAUCGGGGACAUCAAGAAAGCAACCCGCUACUCUAUCCCUGACCUGGCUGUUGAUGUGGAGCAAGUCAUGGGUCUUGAAAAAGCCAGCAAGAAAGCCAAAGCCAACACCGUUGGUGGCAGAAACAAACUGAAGAAGAUUUUUGAUAAGACACUGACCAGUAUUCUACCACCCAAACCGUACAAUGAUGUUGGGGUGGGUCAAUCCCAGGAUGACAGUAUUGUAGGGCUAAAGCAGUCAAAACAAAUCCCUCCUGCUCUUCCUGUCAGUGGAAACCUUUCAUCCAGCAACCCUGACCUGCUGCAGUCACAUCAUCGCAUACUUGACUUCAACAACCAGCCUGAAGGUGGGCCUAUAAACAUGUCUGAUCAGGUAUUGCGAGUGUUCAAGGCUGAUCAGCAGAGUCGGUACAUCAUGAUCGGAAAGGACACGACAGCUAAAGAAGUCGUAGCUCAGGCCAUCCGAGAGUUUGCCUUGACCGCCGCCGCCGAGGCCUAUUCGCUUUGUGAGGUGUCAGUCACACCUGAGGGUGUGAUCAAACAGCGCCGCCUCCCCGAGCAACUCUCCAAACUGGCCGACAGGAUCCAGCUGAGCGGCAGGUACUACCUGAAAAGCAACAUGGAGACAGAAACGCUGUGCUCGGACGAAGACGCCCAAGAGCUGCUGCGUGAGAGUCAGAUCAGCCUGCUGCAGCUCAGCACCGUUGAAGUUGCGACGCAGCUGUCCAUGCGUGCCUUUGAGCUGUUCUGCGCCAUCGAGCCCACCGAAUACAUCGAUGACCUGUUCAAGCUGAAGAGCCGUUUAUCCGGGCCGCCCAGCCUCAAGCUCUUCGAAGAGGCCAUCAAUCGGGAGACUUUCUGGGUUGCCACGGAGGUCGUGCGCGAACCCAACCAACUCAAGCGCAUGAAGAUCGUCAAGCACUUCAUAAAGAUUGCGUUGCACUGUCGCGAAUGCAAGAACUUCAACUCUAUGUUUGCCAUCAUCAGUGGUUUGAAUUUGGCACCAGUGUCCAGGCUGAGAGGCACGUGGGAGAAGUUGCCCAGUAAAUAUGAGAAGCUCUUCAGUGAUCUCCAGGACCUGUUUGAUCCAUCCAGGAAUAUGGCCAAAUACAGAAACCUUCUCAACAGCCAGAAUCUUCAGCCACCCAUAAUCCCACUGUUUCCUGUCAUCAAAAAAGAUCUCACCUUUCUGCAUGAAGGGAACGACUCCAAGGUGGACGGUUUGGUGAACUUUGAGAAGCUGCGGAUGAUCGCUAAGGAGAUCAGACACGUGGGCCGGAUGGCAGCUGUAAACAUGGACCCGGCUCUGAUGUUCAGAACCAGGAAGAAGAAAUGGAGGAGUUUAGGGUCACUUAGCCAGGGCAGUGCCAAUGCGGCCGUUUUGGAUGUGACCCAGACGGGCGGCCACAAGAAGCGUGUCAGACGGAGUUCCUUCCUCAAUGCCAAGAAGUUAUACGAGGACGCGCAGAUGGCACGCAAGGUCAAACAAUACCUGUCCAAUCUCACCCUGGAAACCAAUGAAGAGAGCCUCCAGACGCUUUCAAUGCAGUGCGAGCCCUCGAUCAACACAUUGCCAAAGACCGCUGGAGACAGGAAGAGACCCGACACGUCUCCUGUGGUGGCACGGGCUGUCCUCCACCAGCGCCAGCAGCUUCAAAAAGCCAACCAGGCGCUUCAAGUGCCUGCCGUCGCCCUUUACCCAUCUCGAAAGAAAGUGCCGGUCAAAGACCUACCACCAUUUGGUACAAGCUCACCAGGGUCUCUGAAGAAGAUAUUGUCCCUUUCGGAGGAGUCCGGACACAGAAAACAGGCAGAGGACAGUGUGUCCAACAACUCUUCACAACUGUCCUCUCCUCCCACGUCUCCUCACAGCUCACCGAAGAAAGCAGGGUAUGGACGAGCAGCUGAUUAUCUGUCAGACUCCGGUCACAGUGAGAUCUCCUCACGCUCCAGUCUGGUCAGCACCUCCUCUCUGGACAUGGGACAGGAGGAGCGCAGGCAGAGGUACGGAGGGCUGGCUGGGGACGGUCAUUGCAGCAGCCACCGCCUGGAGCGCAGGGCGACUACCGACCCUGACCAAUACAGUUUGGGGUCCUAUUCAUCCAUGCAGGACUGCCGGGGUCUGUACGCUGGCGCCACGGUUCUGUCCUCCCCCAGCUCCGAGGAGCUCACCCAGGACCAAGGCGACCGGGUCUCUCUCGACGCCGCCGAUUCUGGUCGUGGCAGCUGGACUUCUUGUUCCAGUGGUUCCCAUGACAACAUUCAGAACAUGCAGCAGGGACGUAGUUGGGAGGCACUAGCCGAGGGGGCGGGGCUCUGGGGAAGCCGAGGGAGCUGGGCGUCAGCUUGCUCCUCUUCGUCCUCGGUGGCCUGUUGGGGCGAGGAAUCCGAGGGCGACACGGGCACGAUCAAGCGGCGAGGAGGGAGAGACGUGACCACAGAUCCAGAAACCAGCAGCAUCACCUCCACUGGUUCUGAAGAGUCCAGACAGCAAAGUCGCCGGCCGUCGCCCAUCACCGCGGGCAACACCAAAGCCGUGCACACACGAAAGGACGGGCGUUACCGGGACCCCCCGCCCACACCGCCGGGCUACACGGCACUGACCAUCUCGGACGUGACGGAGAGCUCCGCCCACUCGGGCAGGAAACCCCCGGACUACACGACCGCCCUGCAGCGUUCCCGUCUCGUCACACAGUCCCCCGACUCCCAACAGCCCCCCGCCGCAGGGAAGCCCGUCCGGGGCCGAGAGGAGGAGGAGGCUGAGGAGGUGGAAGAGGAGGGUGAGUGCUUGUCUCCCAAACUCAGAUCUCAGAGGAGGAGAGGUCCACACACAGCAGUUCCCCCCAGGCCAUGAGUUACAUACACCACCCCAACAGGAAGAGGAUGAACAGGUGUCCGCUGUUUAAAAGGGGACGACACUGGCUUUUAUACGCUUGCUGAAGAGACUGAAGCAGGUCAAGCCAGAUCAUCCAGUCUACAUCUUGCUGGCACUGCCUCUCUCCCUCCUCAAUGAUGGAUUCAUCUCCCUGCCCUGCCUUAAAGCAUCACGAGGGGUUUGUUACCCUGCAUGCUAAAAAUACUGUGAAGAGAGGAGGCGAGCGGAAAAAAAAACUUAAUAAUUUGGCACUUUGGAGAACAGAAAAAUAAACUGAACUGACAACCGAACAGCGUUUUGACAUUCACACACACACAAAAACCAACUACUGUUACUGUUUAUCUACAGACAAUACUCCCUUCAUUCUGUUUAGGUGACACAAACUCAUUUAGACGUUUCUCUCAGCACUUGUUUUUAAGGCGUAAACUGAUGCACACAAUCGAUAUUUCAGUUGCACUCCUACAGGGUGUUUGUAGCCUGAAGGGCAAGAAAAGACUGCGACUUCUCAACAUUGUGCACCGACGACAAAACUCAUAUCUUGUGGUAUUACAGUAUUAUAUUUGCGGUCGGGCUGAGGAGCUCGGCUUUCAACUGGAAAACUAUCUGGAGAUCCAGACAUGCGUAGCACACUGCUUUAUUAUGGAAGGAGAUCCUGUGUGAAACCUUUUUGGAAAUUCUUGGUUUGGAGAGGCCUCAUAACAGGCAUAUGAAAAAGGCCGAACAUAUUUACAUCUGUUGAUGGUAGUGGAGGUACAAAACAACGUCGGUCCAGAGCCAAAGACUGUAGAUCGGAAAAUCAGCUCCAGCAAGCUUUUUUGUAAGUAAAGAGAUUGUGUUUUCCAUGCACACGCUCUUUUCCGAAAGUUUUUUUUUUGUUUGCUGAACACCUGUGUGGUUCAGAACAGUGCUCUUUGGCUGUGGUGCCCCCUGCUGGUCAACAUGAGAACAAACGGCUACUCAGGCAAAGGGGGCGUCAUCUAAUCUGGGUGCUACUUCUUACCUGACAUUAAGUGAUAAAUAUCUUUAGGAAGGUAUGUUUCGUGCCUGAAAUGUGGUGGUUUUUGGGUAAGGUUUAGUUUACAGAGUCGGGCCUCCAGAUCAGACCACCAGUACUGCGCUCAGCUUCCAGAAUCACCCAACAGUGCUUUCAAGACUCCGGUAGGCUGGAACACACAAACCAACCAGAAGGCUGCCAAUGAGAGCAGAGCGAGUCACUUUCAUUCUUUCGUUUUAAUCACUGAGUUUAAGCUGAUCACAUUGAUCAGUAGUUAGAAGUAUAAUAGAUGAAAGAGAAAAAGACGUUUGCAGUGUUUUCCACUGUACUCUGUAACAUCACCACUUUAAUCUUUCUUUCUCUAAUUGCCUGUUUGUUUGUUUGUUUGCAUUUAAUUUUCAGCUCCGUGCAUUUUUGUAACGGUUGCGGAUACAAACAUUUGUAACAGUAAAUAUCAACCAUCUGCUUCCACAUCAUUUUUUACUAAAUAUUCACGUUUCGGCAAGCCAAGAUGAGUCGCUUGUUUUGCAAAGUACGUUGCACAAAUUGUACAAGCAUAAAUACAAGGUAAAUAGUAGUAGGUAGCCGUUCUGCUACUUUGUUCGAUAUGUGAUGUCAAGUGAGAAAUGUACAUUUAGCUGGUAAAGAUUCUCUUUUUGUUUUCGUUUUGUUUUUUUGACUACUUUUACCUGUACGUCUUUUACAAAGACAAUUGGUGGAGUAUGUAUUUGUAUUUUCUUUUUGUCUUUUUUUUUGUUUCGUAUUUUUAAUACAAUAAUUGUAAAUAUUGGUUAUAUUUUUGUUGAAUUGUAGAAAUGUAUGAUGUUUAUGCCUCAACAUCUAGCUUAUAUGAAGCUGGGAAUCAAUAAAUUUGACGAAAUGAAUCAACUUAGAGUUUUUAAAUGCACUUAUUGUUGUUGUUGUUGAUAUUAUUCUUUUGUUUUGUUUGUCUUGCAUUAAUGUUUUUUUUUUUUUUUCCAAACAUUGUUAUUUUAAAUGACCUCUGGCACCAUCUAGUGUUUGCACAAGAUAAGACAUGGACGUAACUUGAAAUGUGUAUCUCAUACUUUUCUAACUGACAAAUGUAUGUUGGGGUUAAUAAAAAGACAUCCAUAUCUGUA